CAGUGUUUGUCGAGCAGCCGCUUAGUGCGCUACGCUGGUGCAGAAGCUGUAUCUCCGUGGGCCCCGUUUCUCUCGUAACCUGACCGAGUCGGGAGAAUUUAGGAACCAAAAAAAAGAAAUACCCCAUCCGGGAUAAAAAAUGAUUUAGAACGCUGGACUAGUGUCCGAUGAUUUUGUUUGUUUUUUCGGUUGGUGCUUAAGACGGAAAACGUUUCCUGGAUUAUUUGUGUCGCUGGAUGCUGGUAGUUCCGUGCUUUUUGCUACGAUGUUUUUGUUUCGCCGCUGUAUCGAAACCACCCCGUUAUGCGCAAUGAAGCGGACAGCUCAAAAAAUGCUCCCGUUCUUACUGAUGAUGACCCUGCCCGGGCCGAUCUUGGCUGGAAGCGUCCUCGGUUGUCCCACGGGAUGUAUCUGCAACGACGACACCUACGUCGUCCAAUGCGAACGAAGCAAGCUGGACGUCAUCCCUAUAACUCUGAAUCCCGCCAUUCAAAGGCUCGUCCUGAGGAAUAACAAGAUCAAAACCGUCGACGCGGCGUUCCAAUUUUACAGGGACCUGCAGUACGUCGACUUGUCGAGCAAUCACCUAGUCAACAUCCCUACCAAGAGUUUCUUGCACCAAGAGAAGCUCCAAGAGCUUCAUUUGAAUAAGAACAAACUGUCGUCGAUCAACAACAAGACCUUUCAGGGUUUAAAGUCGCUGACCGUGCUCAACCUACGCGAGAACUUCUUGGAAGAGCUGUCGCAGGGUAUUUUUUCCAUACUGCCGAAGCUCGAAGAACUCAAUUUGGGCCAGAACAGAAUUUCCUUAAUACAUCCCCUCGCGUUCGACGGUCUCCUAGGUUUAAGGGUUUUAUAUCUGGACGAUAACUUGUUAACGUCGGUGCCGACGCCCUCGUUCUCAGUCAUGGGCAGUUUAGCCGAACUACAUAUAGGUCUGAACGCUUUUUAUUAUCUCCCAGACGACGCCUUUAAGGGAUUGGGUAAACUUGCCGUUUUAGAUUUGAGUAGCGGUGGGGUGGCCAAUAUAAGCGAACACGCGUUCAGGGGCCUAAGCGGACUGCGAAAUUUAAAUCUCGCCGACAACAGGCUCCAUCAAAUUCCGACCGUUCAGCUGGCGUAUUUGUCGCGCUUGGAAGAGCUGACGAUCGGCCAGAACGAAUUCACCGCCUUGGAAAAAGGCUCGUUUAAAGGACUGACUAAUUUAAGGAAACUAGAUGUAACGGGUGCUAAAAACUUGGAGCACAUCGAGAAGGGUGUAUUCGGUGAUAACUUAAAUUUAGAAACGAUCGUUUUAGUUAGCAAUAAAAAAUUGGAAAACUUGGGCGAGGGCGCUUUGGUCGGGUUACCGAACUUGAGGCAUCUAGUGUUGAGGGAGAACUCGUUCAGGAGUCUUCCCGAAUCGGUCACGUCGUGGAACGAGCUGCGGGCGUUGGAGCUCACCGACAACCCUAUCAACUGCGACUGCAAACUGUUGUGGCUGCUGAAUUUAGCCAACACGAAGAACCUAACGAAUGUCCAGUGCAUGAGUCCGAUGCAGUUGAAGGACCGGCCCCUGAAAACGCUCACGCCCGACGAUUUGGGAUGCUCGUUCGGUGAUCCGCGCCAGCAAGUGAUCGUCGUCACUUUUUGCGUGAGCGCCGUCAUUUUGCUCGCCGUGUUGGGACUUUUUUUUUUUCGUUACCGAAUUAAAGUGCGCGACGCGCUCAAGGACUACAAAUUCAACAAACGCGCAAUCAGCCGAAAGGAACACGAAUACCAGAAGACCUUCUCCGACGAUGACUAUUUCGUUCGCGCAAAUCAGCACCAUCUCAAACCAAUACCAGUAACGGAGUUGUAGCUAGAGUUGAGCGCGCCGCCCUCUGGGGUAUUUUGUCUAGAGGGUGAGGGUAGGCGUGCUAGGACUCCUCGUAACUUGGGGGGGACGCUCCCCGUGACUGGCUUCACUUACAUUCACACUGGGGAAUCGUGUAGGGCGCAUUCGAUGCGUACCUUGAACGUCGACACGGGCAACAGGAACGGAUUCCCGCAGUGCCAUGCCGACCUGUAUCCGCGAGUGGGAUAAAGACAGCCGUAGGCCCAUUCGACUCGUCGAGCAAUAAGAUAUUGAAUCCAUUCCAAACAAUGUGAUUUUUACGAAAUAGAGAGACUGUACAGUUAGACGCUAAAUAUAUAUUGUUUUUUCUGAAGAAUUUGCGUGAACGUGCGUGUGAGAGAGAGGGAGAGGUGGAGCGAGAGCAACGAAUUUUAGUUUUUUUUUAUCUCAUGAGAAUUCUGUGAUACCGCACGUUCCCCGCGAGGAAAAGAGUAUCAUGAAUUCGUUGUGAAAUAAAAAUAUGGAGGAUGCACUAACAACUCUUUUUCAAAACGCGGCUAAACGGAUUGUUCCUAACAUACAGGGUGCUCAUAACUUAGAGCAAUAGGUAAUUCUGUAAAGAGAAAAAUAUACUAAAUUCAGAAUUAACGGACUUGGGAGGGCUUUUUCAUACUUGCUUUUUCCACUAUUCCUCAAACUUAUCAAUAGUUUACUUAUACUACUUAUUUGCGAGUCAAUGUACUCAAUAAAUUAUAUCAAUCAGAUGCAAAAUACUAAAAAUGAUGUAUACCUCCUCUGAACGGCUCACUUAAUGCUGAAUUGUUUUUUAAAUCAUGUUUUACCUCCGUUCCUACUAGAAAAGAAGUUCUUUGUAUGUGCUCUUUUAGCAUCAACAACAAAAGCAAAGGAAAUUAGUCGGAAACUAUUUUACUAUUCUAUUACUGGUUGUAAUUAUUUUCCUAUAUUUUUGUAAAGUUUUUUAACGAAAAUGUGAAAAAUUAUUAAUAAGUAAAAACAGUCAUUUAACAGCGUCUCUAGAUAAUAAAGAAAUAAUGAAUUUUUGGGCUAGGUUGAUAGGAAAUUAAUUUCUUGUUUGGUUGAGUUUUGGAUAAUUUUAUUGCCCUUUUCAGGACUCUAAAUAAGAUCACAUGUACUUAAACUAAUGGUCAUUACUUAACCACUGUACAUUAACACACUUAUAUCAAAUAAUAGGAAAAAC